GUUUAUCUACUCAAUAUAUCUAAUUCUCUUUCUCUACAAUAAAGAAAUUAGCAUUUUCAUUUUCUUUUUUGUCUUUGGAUUUAGAUUUAAAAUUACAAAGAAAAUAAUUAAAACAAAUUAUUUUUUUCUGUUUCCCUUGCUUUCACUCUAAUUAUGGACCCACCGCCACCACCAUUUUUUACACUUCCCACAGCUACUAUAGCCGGCGCCGCCGUCCACUCCGUCGCACCGCUAACUCAAACCUUUCCAACUGCUGCUCCUCUUCCUCCAGAACAACUGACACCAGAAGAAGCAGCUGCAGCUGCAGCAGCUCACAACCACACAGCUCAGGCAGCUACAGAUCCAACCGCCACUCAAACAUUUAACCACCCGCCGUAUGCUGACAUGAUAUAUGGAGCCAUAACGGCGUUAAAAGAAAGAGACGGGUCAAGCAAGAGAGCAAUAGCUAAGUAUAUAGAGAGCGUUUAUACAGGUCUACCUCCGACUCACUCGGCUCUGUUGACUCAUUACUUAAAACAGCUAAAAAACACGGGUCAACUCGUUUUGGUAAAAAAAUCUUAUAAACUUGCUAGAUCUGAUGAUAUCAACUUCGACAACAUUUCAUCUCCUGAUCUUAAUCUUAAUCACAAUCCUCCUCCCGCCGCUGUUUCCGCCUCCGGUGGGCCGAAAAGGGGCAGAGGUCGGCCUCCGAAGCCCAAGCCCGCCGAGCCAACUUUUGACUCCGGUGAUGCUUCUGGUGCUCUUGUAACGGUUCCUAUUUCCACUGCUCAGACUAUUGGUUCUGCUCUAGUCAACCCUCACACCGAGGAGGGGAGCAAGAGGCGUCCCGGGCGUCCCAAGAAAGUGAGCCCAGGUGGCGGUGGAGGUGCGCAGGUGGCUGCGAAGAGAAGAGGGCGGCCAUUCGGGACCAAGAAGGGUCCAGGGAGACCUAAAAGGCUACCUAAAUCUGUCGUUGUUCCUUAUGCUAACGGUACUGCUGCUGCUGCUGUUGUUUCUCCUAGACCUCGAGGCCGUCCGAGAAAAGGUACUGGUCCUGCUGCUUCUGGCUCCGUGGGUGCUGGAGCGGUUCAGGGUAAGCGACCGGGGCGGCCACCCAAGGCGGCUGUUGGUGGUGGUAAGAAGAGACCCGGUAGGCCUAGGAAGAAUGCAAAUGUAUCUUGGGGAGCAACUGAACCAUCUCAACAGCAAUCAGAAGCAUAUGGAGAUCUGAAGAUGAAACUUGAUUUUUUUCAAUCAAAAGUAAUGGAAGCUGUGGGUGUGUUAAGGCCUCAGUUGACGAUUGAAACGCCGAUGAGUGUAGUAGCUGCAAUCCAAGAAUUAGAAGGCCUCGCAUCAAUGGACAUUAAUACACCAUUAAGAGAGGAAGCUCCGCCACCGCCACCACAGGCUCAACCACAACCACUGGCUGCGCAGAAUUAGGAGAAAUGCAUGAAGAUUGUCUAUUUAAUUUAACCAUGAUAGAUGAGGAAAUUUUAAACAAUUCUUCUGUAAAGAGAAUCAAGGAUGACUAAUUCUUGUUCAUAUGAAAAAGAGGCAUGUGGUUUGAUUUUUGAACCAUGGAUUUGAGUAUAAUUGACCAAACUGGCAAA